AUGAGUUCUAUUGCUUUAUUUCAUGUGUCUGGAAUGACAUGUGGUGCGUGUACUGCGUCAGUAACAGAAGCAUUGACAAAUAAGACCGGAGUCGAGAAUGCGUCUGUAUCUUUGAUAACAGAAGAAGCUAAGAUAAAGUAUGAUGAAAAUAAAAUCAAUAGCUCAGAAUUGAAAGAAGCCAUAGAAGACUGUGGAUUUGAUGCGAUAUUAACCAAAAACAAUAUUUCCAGCGAUUCCGGAGUAUCAUUGUAUAUAACAAAAGUUUCUAUUCAGGGUAUGACUUGCGGUUCAUGCUCAGCAUCAAUAACUGAAGCAAUAGAGAAAUUGGAAGGUGUCGAAAAGGUAUCGAUAUCAUUGAUGACAAGUGAGGGGUCUAUUACUCAUUCCGGUGUUAGCGAUGCCAGUAUCAUCGAAACUAUAGAGAAUUGCGGAUUUGAUAUCCAGGUCACUUCAACGAUACCAGUUGACAGCGGGUCAGAGAAGAGCCCGAUAAUUAUCACAAAUCUUUCUAUUUCAGGAAUGACGUGUGGUGCUUGUAGUGCAUCAAUUACAAAUGCUUUAGAAAACAAUGAAAAUAUCUUGGAAGUGUCUGUUUCAUUGCUCACAGAACAAGCUGUAGUUAAACAUAGAGAUACUAUUGCCACCACAAACAUUAAAGAAAUCAUUGAAGAUUGUGGAUUUGAGUGUACUGUCGAGUCAUCAGAAAUUGAACAUCUGUCUUUAGGAAAGCAUGAGGAGUACGAAGAGGAGCAGAUUACUAUGCAAAUUUUCGGAAUUAAUGAGCAUACUGACUUGACGGAUUUACAAUACAAUAUAGAAGCUCUUUUAGCAAAUUAUCCUGCUGUUACUGACUUUCAAUUAGCAUUCAAAGAUAGUUUUAAUAAUAAUACCAAUGGUCCUAUAAUCUCUGAUGCCAAUACAUCUACAAUACAAGCUAUAAGGUCUCGCGAUAACCUAGAAAUCUACGAAGAGAAUGGCAAUUUCAUAGAUGAACUAUCUGUUGUUUAUAACUCAUCAUUACUUGGUAUUAGAGAAUUGGUUGAUGCUUUAAAUAACUUAACUGAUGAAAUCAAAUUUAUAGUGGUUAAUUCGGUUGACCAGUCAUCAGCUUCGCAAUUAAGAUUGUUAUCUCGAGUCAAAGAUAUUCAAUACUGGAAAUCCAAUUUAACGCAUUGUUUGAUCUUUGGAGUUCCAGUGAUAUUAAUCAGUUAUUCUCAGAACUUAGAAAUAUGGCGUAAGCUAGUGAUCUUCCCAGGCUUAUACUUAAUAUCAAUUAUACAAUUUGCAUUGACUAGUCAUGUCCAGUUUUAUCUGGGUGCUGUCUUUAAUAAAAAAUUUAUUCAAUUCAUUAAAAAUAAAGGUAAGAAUGCCACAAUGGAUGUUUUGGUUUGUAUUUCUACCCUGAUUUCCUUCAUUUUUUCACUAUUUUCAAUUGUUAUGAGUGUUUGGUCGGGACAAACAAAUAAACCUCCAAAACUCUUGUUUGACACCACUUGUAUGUUGUUUACAUUUAUUUCUUUUGGAAAAUGGUUAGAAAAUAAGGCAAAAGGCUCUACCUCGACAGCAUUAUCAAAAUUAUUGUCGUUAACUCCAACUAAUUGUACCAUAGUUAUUGAUGUUGAUAAAUAUGAAGAAUUUCUUAAAUCACAAAAUGUCGAAUCAGACAAUAAAUUAAAUUCUGAUGCUAUUAUUGACUUGCCAACUAGAAAUAUUGCUAUCGACUUAAUCGAAGAAAAUGAUAUUGCGAUAGUCUUACCAGGUGGAAAAGUUCCAGCAGAUGGUGUCAUUGUCUUAGGAGAGACUGAAAUUGAUGAAUCUCUCAUAACUGGAGAAUCAUUACCGGUGAUUAAGAAUAAAGGUGAUCAAGUCAUUGGUGGAUCUAUCAAUGGGCCUGAUUUGAUCCACAUCAGGGUGUUAAGAACAGGUAAGAAAUCACAGUUACAACAAAUUAUUAACUUAGUCAAAGAAUCACAAGUUAAUAAGGCACCUGUUCAACGAUUUGCAGAUUAUAUUGCUGCUAGGUUUGUUCCUACAGUUUUAAUCUUAGCAACAAUUACUUUUUCGUUUUGGAUAAUUGUUUGUUACGUCACUCAUAAAGAAACAGCAACAUUGCCAAGUAUUUUCCAAAAGGAAAUGAAUGGAAAAUUCUUCGUUUGCUUAAAGCUAGGGAUUUCUGUUGUCGUCGUGGCAUGUCCUUGUGCAUUAGGAUUGGCUGCUCCUACAGCCGUUAUGGUUGGCACAGGGGUCGGGGCAACAAAUGGAGUAUUAAUCAAAGGUGGUGACGUAUUGGAAAAAGCAAACGAUAUCAAUAUUAUUCUUUUUGAUAAAACCGGUACCUUGACUACAGGUGAUAUGAGUGUCAGUAAUAGCAAACAAAUAUUGAGUGGAUCACUCACCUUAUCUGAUUGGUGGAAUUUAGUAGGGUCGGUUGAGGCCAAUUCAGAACAUCCAGUGGGAAAAGGUAUUGUAAAUGCAGCUAAAAGGAAUUUGAAUCUAACUUUUGAAGGAGAUGCAUUUAAUACAACCAUUCAUGAUUUUAAAGUUUUAACCGGCUUAGGUAUUAGAGCAACUAUAAAGCUCCCAAAUAUUCAGGACAACAGCUUUACCGUUUAUAUUGGCAAUGGUCGGAUGAUUGAAAGAGAAUUUACUGACCUAAAGCCUACCUUAAACGAGCAUUUGUCCAGUACUCUAGAAAAUUCAACCAAUACUCUAGCACAUGUGAUUAUUAAUAAUAAGUAUAGUGGAUAUAUGGAAUUGAGUGAUACGCUAGAACCACAUACCAGGGAAGUUAUUGAUUAUUUACAAUUCCAGAAGAAUUAUAAGGUAGGUAUAAUAACUGGUGAUCAAAAAGGUGCAGCCAUGAAAGUAGGAAAAGAGUUAGGAAUUCCACCUUGCAAUAUUUUCAGUGAGGUUUUGCCAAUCCAUAAAGAUAAGGUAAUAGUUGAUUUGAAGAAAAAAUUCGGCGGUGAUGGCAAUGUAGGUAUUGCUUUCAUUGGCGAUGGUAUUAAUGAUGCGCCAGCUUUAGCUCAGGCAGAUAUUGGCAUGGCAAUCAGUUCAGGAACAGACAUAGCUAUUGAGUCGGCUGAUAUUGUUUUGAUUGGCAACGGCCAAGGUCAACGCUCUCACUUAUUUGGAGUCCCGACUGCAUUAGAUAUAUCUCAUGCAACAUUUACAAGAAUUAAAAUGAAUUUCUUGUGGGCUGCUAUCUACAAUAUCAUUAUGUUACCAUUUGCUAUGGGAUGUUUCCUACCAUUAAAUAUCAUGUUACCACCUGCUGCUGCUGCCUGUGCCAUGGCUUUAAGUUCUGUUAGUGUGGUUAUAAGCUCAUUAUUGUUAAAAAAAUGGAAACCUCCUAAAAUCAUAAAUCAUGAUGCACAAUACAAAUCAGAUAUUGAAAAUGAAAUCGGAACUGGGUUUAGCUUGAAAGAUUCAACUAUAGAAGAAUUUAAUAGAACUAAAAGGACUGGCAAUAUUACCCGAUUCCUGAGAAUGCUAAAUAAACUUAAGAGAAGGAAUCCAUCGAAUGCCUAUACUUAUGAAAUGCUUCCUACUGCCUAA